GUGAAGUUCGUCUCAUUUCGUCCGCUAGCUAAAGAGUCAUGGCGCUGCUCAAGCGGAGUUGUUGUGCAGUUAGCCGAUUCUCCACAAACCAUUUGUGGCUGAGUCCCAGGAGCAGUCCACAUGUUUACACCAGCAGCCUGACCACUGUGGCCAAAUCCUCCCCGAGUCUUGCCGACAGAAAGAAGGAGCUGCAGAGGGAGGAUGGGCCUGAUCUGCAGGACUUUAUUUCAGGGGAAUUAUCAGAGAAAAGCAUGUGGGAAGAGUACAGAGGCAACCUGAAGAGACAGAAGGGAGAGAGACUGCGGCUUCCUCCAUGGUUGAAGACGGAGAUCCCCAUCGGGAAGAACUACAACAAGCUGAAGAGCACACUGAGAGACCUGAACCUGCACACAGUAUGUGAGGAGGCCAGGUGUCCUAACAUUGGGGAGUGCUGGGGAGGAGGAGAGUAUGCCACAGCCACAGCCACCAUCAUGCUGAUGGGGGAUACAUGUACCCGUGGGUGCAGGUUCUGCUCUGUAAAAACGGCGCGUCAGCCCGCACCUCUGGACCCAAAUGAGCCCUACAACACAGCCAAAGCCAUCGCUGCCUGGGGGCUGGACUACGUGGUUCUCACCUCAGUUGACAGAGAUGAUAUUUCUGAUGGAGGGGCCGAGCACUUCGCUAUGACUGUUUCCAACCUGAAGGAAAGGAACGCUCAGAUCCUGGUUGAAUGUCUGACGCCUGAUUUUCGUGGUGACCUGGCAUCAGUGGAGAAGAUCGCCCUGUCAGGGCUGGAUGUGUACGCCCACAAUGUGGAGACAGUCCGCGAGCUGCAAAGGCACGUCCGAGACCCCAGAGCAAACUUUGACCAGUCUCUGAGUGUUUUAAAACAUGCUAAAAAGGUAAAUCCCACUUUGCUCACCAAGACGUCCAUCAUGCUGGGGCUAGGAGAGACUGACCAACAGUUACUCAACACUCUUACUGAGCUGCGAGAGGCAGGAGUGGACUGUCUAACAUUGGGGCAGUACAUGCAACCCACUAAACGUCACCUGAAGGUGGAUGAAUAUGUCACUCCAGAGAAGUUUGCACACUGGGAGAAAGUCGGGAAUGAAAUGGGCUUUGUCUACACUGCCAGUGGGCCGCUGGUGCGAUCCUCUUACAAAGCAGGCGAGUUCUUCCUCAAGAAUCUGCUGCAGAAGAGAAAAACAGAAGUCACUUUAGCAGAAUGACGAGCCUUUAACACAGAGGCCGCCCUUUAUCUUCCAUUUACCGCUAUCUCUCCUGUCUCUACAUAUAACUGAACAUAUUUACUGAGACUAAAUCAGCUUCACAAACAGAGCAAACACACAACAUUAUGAGUAGAACAAAUGAACACGGAAAGUGAGAGAAGGGUAUUUGCAUUGAAUAAGGGUAUAAAAUGGACAAUAAGACGACUCAUGUGAGUACAGGGAACGCUUUGUUCCUUCUUAAUGCACUCGGCCUCUUCUGCUCACCGUUGAAAACUACAUUUUAGGGUGAGAAGAUAAAAGAGGAGUGCAGCAGAUAGAUGCUUGCAGAUGUGUAGAUGACCUGGGUGUACACUCAGUAAAGCCCUGCCAGGUGAAAAUACCACCUGGUGUAAGCGGUAGCUGUAAUUUGCUCCAAUCUCUGCACCUCAGGGGGCUCUAAAUCAAAUCCAACAUCAACACCCUCUCCUCAGGUGCCCUGGACUCCAGGUAAAGUGCUACUGACCUUUCACAGCGAGUUGUGUUUAUGAACGCUUUGAUGUCCACAGUCCCAGGAAGAGCAACGAUUUAAUGAAGACUUAUUUUUUGGUCUGACUGUUCCUGAAUUUAUUUAAUGAUAGAAAAAUAAAUCUAUGUCUGCUGUAACUUAAAGAAAGUGUUGUUCCCUGGAAAGUUUUUAUUCCAUAUUACCUUUGUACCCAAUAAAAGGCCCAUUUGA